AUGUCAGAAAAAAUACAUACCCAUAUGUUGACAUCUUAAGGCCUUCCAUUAUAUAUGGUCUGCUAUUUCUUGAUCCUUUGCCAAAUAUUGCCAUAUGCAUAAUCACAGCCAAUUUAUGAAGAUCUAAUGAGUGGUUUCAAUGAUAGUAAAUUAAUAUAAUAUAUGUUAAGAAUGGUUUUCAUAUUUGAAUACAAAUUGUGAAAAUCAUUUCUUCAAGGCAGAUUGUAAUGAAUACAAAUUCUUGUUGAUAACUUAAUGUUAUACAUAUGAAUAUCAUCAUUUGAUUUUUCAAACUUUAGAGCUUAAACCUCACUACGAAUUAACUUUAAAGUUAACAUUUUUAAUGUGAUAAUAUAUGAUUAACCUUUUAGGAAACCUUCUCCUGGUUCUAAAUUUAUUGUUUAUAUCGAUGGCAGAGAGCAUCAAAAAACUUAUAACAAUUCUCUAAACUCAAAUUUUUUUUGCAAUUAUACCAGUAGCAAUUAUAUCCUUUUCCCUAUUUCUAUAACAAUUUAGCAUUCAAGUUCAUCUGUUACAAUAGCAAUGACUGCUCAAAAAGGAGAUUGGGGGAUAUCAUAAUUUUAAAUAUCAAUUAAAGAAUGUUCUAUAGAAUGUGAUUCAUGUAAUAGUAAUGGAUGUUUCAAUUCAGAAAUGUUAUUGAGAUCAUUUAAUUCAUAAAUCUUUAGUGUUAUUAGCACUGAAGAAGGGUGGUAAUCUCAAGGAGGUAAAAUUACUGAAAUUAAAGAAUGUUUUGGUAAAGAAAUAUUUUUAUUAUUUAGGGUUUAAUUAUAUUGCUUCUAAUGGUGAUCAUUUCUUCAAGGUUUUUGACUUAGAUUAACAUUAUGCAAUAAGCUUUUAACUAAAAUUGUUAAUUUUUAAUUCUAAUUCAACAUAAAUCAAUAUAUAUGUUGACGAGGUUUUAGUAAAUACAAUUAAUUUUGUUUAUGAAGAACUAAUAUUUAGUUAUAAGGAUUUGUGUGAUCGAAUAUCUAUGGAGGAAGUCAACCUAUUGUAAUAUCAACACCUUAAAACAUAAUUAAAGAUAAAAAUAAAAGUAGAUUUAAUUAAAAUUAAAGAUGGUAUAAAUGCAUAUAUUGGAAUGAGAGAUUUUUAAUUAUUUUAAAGAAAAAGAUCAUUUGAUGACGGAUGCUUUGAUUAAAAUAUUGAUCCUUUUGAUGGAUGUUUUUCGAAUACUUAUGAUUGCAUUUAAGGCUGUGGGAAUUGUAUAAAAGGUAUUUGUUAUAAUUGUGUGGCUGGAUGGGAAUUUAUUUAACAAGAAACAAUUUGUAUACCCAAUUGUGGAGAUGCAAUUAUUACAUAUUAUGAGGAAUGCGAUGAUGGUAAUUUAAUACCUUAUGAUGGAUGUCAUGAAUGCAAAUAUUCAUGUCCACAACAUUGUAGAAGAUGUGAAUUUGGAAAAUGUUUGGAGUGUGAAAAUUAAUAUUCAUUAUUAUAAGGUAAUUGCUUGCAAAUCUGCUCUGAUUACAGAGAUAAUAAUUUAGAGUCUAAUAUCGGAUGCUAUAAUUUUUUAAAAAGUGAAGGUUACUAGUAACAUUUUAUUCUUAAUAAUAUAAAUCCAGAGGGUAGUAUUUUAGAUUGCAAUGAACUGAGUUAUGGAGUGUUUGGAUAUCAAUAUCACUAAUGUUAUUUUAAAUAAAUUUAUAAUUGUAUAUUUUAGUAGUAUGGGAAAUGUUUGGUAUGUUAACCUGGAUAUGAACUCAAUUUUUAUAAAAAUCAAUGCAUUCCUAAAUGUUAAGAUGAAAUAAUCUAAUAUGAAGAAAUUUGCAAUGAUGGGAGUAGAAUUCAAUUAGAUGGCUGUCUCGAAUGCUAAAAAAGUUGUCAAAUAGAAUGCUUGUUUUGCUAAAAUGAUAAAUGCUAUCUUUGUCUAGACGGCUGGCAGCUUCAAGAGAACUUAUGCAGAUAAAUUUGUGGAGAUGGGUAAUUAGCAAUCUUAUCGAACGAAUAAUGUGAUGAUGUUGAAGAUCCAUAUUGUUCUAAUUGUUAGUAUGAAUGUGAUUCCGGCUGUGCUAUUUGUAAUAAAUUCUAAAAUUGUGAGGUUUGUAAAUAUCCUUUAAUUAAUAUAAAUGGAAAAUGUGUUUCAGUUUGUGGAGAUAACAUAGUGACCCCAUUUGUUGAAUAAUGUGAUGAUGGCAAUGAUAUCCCAUAUGAUGGAUGCUAUCAAUGUGAAUAUCAAUGCUCUUUUGGAUGCUUAGAGUGCGAGAAGGAUAAUCAUUGUAUUAAAUGUUAAAACUAAUUGUUCAUUUUGGAUACUUAAUCUUUUAAAUGUAAAGAAAUUAAAUCCUAAAGCGAAUUAGAAGUAAAUGAAAGUAAAUAUAUUUCAUGUGGCCAGAAUUAUGCUAUUAUCAACAAUGAAUGUAUAAAUUUAUGUGGUGAUGGAAUACUUGAUAGUAAUUUUGAAUAGUGUGAUGAUGGAAAUAAUAAUGGGGGGGAUGGAUGCUCCUAUUUAUGCAUUGAAGAAUAUUCCUAUAGAUGUAUCAACUAAGACAAUUAAUUAAGUUAUUGUACUUUUAUUUAACAACCAAAUUUCAAUUUAGUAUUACUCUCUGAUCGAUAAAAUCAAACAAAAAUACUUGACCUUAGUUUCUCUUAAGAAGUUUACUUAUAAUCAGGUCUCCUUUUAGAAUAAGUUGUUGAUUUUUCUAUAAUUCCUGAGACUGAAUUUAAAUUAUCUGUUCUUCCAAUACAAAAUAUCACUUCUAAGUUAGGCAAUCCUGAUUACUAGAUUACUAUUCACUUUGAUUCGCCUGUGACAUACCCAAUAUUAUAAAUAGCAAUUCAAAAAUAUUCGAUUCUAAAUUAAUAUGAUUUGGAUUUAUAUACUAAUUAAAAAGAAAUACCCCUUGGAACCCCUUUUGUGUUAUCAGAACCUACUUAGAAAAGAAUAAACUAAGUAAUGCAAAUGAACGAUGGAAUUGUAUUUUCUACAGCUAGUAUUGCUGGAAUUCUAUUCUUUACUGGUAAUUACAUUGUCUUUUUCAAUUUAUUAGAUUUAUUAUAGACUUUAUCAUACAUUAGAUAUAUGCAAUAUAAGUUCCCUCCUCAUUUAAGAUAGUUUCUUGAUGCUUAUACAAAAAUUUCCUUAAAACCUAUUUUAGAUAGUUUAAAAAUUGAUGAACUUAUUGCCCAAAUCAAUGGAGGCACUCUGCCAAAUUCACAAAAUAAAUCAACAUAAACUAAUAAUUUAGAUUAGUGUUAUUUAAUAAAUGCAAAAGGAUGCUUCUUGUCUUAUAUAAUAUCUGCAGUUACUUAUAUUCUUUUUUGUCUCAUUUCUUCAAAUAAAAUGUCAGCUUGGUUACGACAAAUUGAGAAAAAGCACGAAGAAAAUGUAAAAAUUCUUAGUUUUAUUUUGAAAUUACAAAAAAUCCAAAUCAAAUUUUAAAAAUUAAAGGUAAACUAUUUUACUUUGGGAGUUUUUUAGCUAUUUUAUUCAACACUUCAUUAGUUGUUAUUUAGCACACUAUUAUAAUUUCCCAAUUACAGUUUUGAUUCUCCAUUUGGAAUAGUUAAUAGUAUUGCUGCCUUUAGCAGUUUAAUACUUCUAAUUCAUAUAUUUUGUAAUCAACUUUCCAUCACCACAGCUUAAAUAAAGGAUAAACAAAAAUGGAAAUAUUACUUUGAAGAAAAUAAAAAUCAAUUUUGGGCAGACAAUUACAAACCAUUUCAAAUUUAUAGAAUUGCUAUUUAUAUUACAAUCAUAACUAAAUUGAUAAGGUAUCCUGAAGCGUAAUCAGUUUUACUUUCAAUGCAGGCAAUGUUAUAUUUAAUCUACUUGAUUCGCUUUAAGCCUAUGAAGUCGAAUUUUGAAUUAGCAAAAUUAAUUUGCAGAGAAUUAACACUAUUAAUAAACACAGGAUCAUUUUUACUUUAUAGUUUCGAAUUAAAUGAUACUUAAUAAUUGUUUUAUGGAUGGUUGCAUAUAUCUUUGUUUUGUUCUUUAAUGGGAUUCACCUUAUUUGUUGACAUUUUUGAGCAAGUGCAAAACGCCUACUAUCUCUAUUUAAAAAAAAUAUAAGCUUAAGAAAAAACGAACACGCAGAGCAACCACAGCAAUUCAGCUAAAGAUUUAGAUAUGAAAAAAUGA